AUGUCUGAAGAAGAGUCACAUGAUACAUCUCAUAGCACAUCGGUGGAAAGUGCAUGCGAGGAAAAGGAUGUGGAACAGCAGGAAGUGGACAUAAAAAAGACCAAAGUUUAUCACACAUUCUCUAUGGGCAGUAAGUUUUUCUAUAUGCUGAAAGAAGUGCCGAUUUUGUACUUUAUUGGGAUUAUCAUAUCGUUUAUUUUAUACGCCGUGCAAUAUGUAAUUGUAUGUGUGAAUAUAGACGUAGACAUAACGAUAUACUCAAACGAAAAACCAUUCCCUUGGGCACUAUCUAAGAUACUCACUUUAAUCAGUGCGUGCAUUCUGUCUUGUACCGCGAUUGAUGGGCUGUUAUACUAUACAAGCGGGUACUUAAUGGAGAAAGUUAACUUUUUAACGCUUACUAUGUUUUAUACCAACAGUGUAUCUACUCUUCUCUCUUGGAUUAUACUUAUCUUUGGGAGUGUUGUUUAUCUUAAACUAGCAGAGGUUGACUAUAAGAUAAAGCCAAGCCAUUCUGUUGGUGUAGAGCAAUCUUUAACCACAUGCUGUUUAGCACUGCUUAUUGUACUGUGCAAGAACAUAUUUGUUAAAAAAGUACGGAUGGGGUUCAACCACACAAACUAUCUCAUGCGUAUACAGCGGUGUUUGAUUGAGCACCAGUUUAUCAAGACAUUAGAACUAGUCAAGAAAAGAAUAAAAGGGCAGAAGAGCGGUAAAAAGAAAAGAUACUGGAUGUUUUCUCAGCCUGCCCAGGAGAGAGAAGGUAGUGAAGAAGACACACCAAAUCCAACAGAGGAACAUAAUGAAGAGAUGGAUGCAGAGAAAUACUUCAAGCCAAAGUCUUUUAGUAUGGCUCUUUCAGACACGUCAACAGACAUCAAGCAGAAAAUGAUUAUUUUCAAAGAGUUUGAACGAGUUAUGAACACAAAGAUAUACCACAUGGAAAAGGGCCUUGGUGCAUCAACUGAUAUAAAGCAGGAGUCGCUUAAACGUGCAGAAAAGAUUGCCAUGUGGCUUGGUGCUGACAAAAAGAAAUUUCAAGUGCGGCACUUAAAGAAAUAUGUUGACUCUGAUUAUGUUGAUAAUAUUACAUCUGUGCUGGGACUGUCAGAGACACAGAUACUCACAGAGAAAGAUAUCGCUGCACUUAUUGAAAGAACGAAAAGAGAAAAGUAUGCAGUUAAAAAGAGUCUUGUACAGAUGGAUAAAGCCCUCCUUCGAGUAAGUCACUUUAUAACCGGUGCCAUCUUUUUAUUUGCAGUGAUUGCCCUUUUAGCACCAACUAUUUCUGCAAAUGAUGUAGUAAAGGGAGUGUUUGGCACCUUCUUUGGUCUUGGAUUUAUUUUCCAGACAAGUGUUAAGAAUGCAAUUGACAGCGUUAUUUUCUUAUUUAUUGUACAUCCAUACGAUAUUGGUGACAGAAUCCGGGUGGAAAUAGAUAAAGAAGAGCUGAACAUGGUCGUAUCAGAGCUAAACGUAUUUUCUACAGUAUUCUAUGAAUGGAACGGAUCUAAGAUAUACAUACCAAACCACGUUCUACUGCAAAAGGCAAUUGUAAAUGUAAGAAGAAGCGGGCUAAUGGCAGAGAACAUUGUAUUCCAAGUGGCAUUUGACACUGUCCCAGAAAAGAUUCAGCACUUAAAAUCAGAAGUAACAAAAUUCAUCAAAAAGCAUCCAAAGGACUUUUCACCGUACUUUAUGUUCAACUACCAUGCGAUUGAAGAUGCGAACAAGUUGCACCUUAAAGUAUAUCUACAGCAUGCAACCAACUGGCAGAAUUAUGAAGCAUAUUUGCAAAGAAAGGCAAAGUUUAUAAUGUUCUUAAAGCAGGCAAUUAAUGAACAGAAGAUAGAAUACUUCUUGCCAAUACAACGACUAGAAAUAGUGGCAAGUAAAACUGUCCAUUAGUAUAAUAAAAGCAUAACCCGAA